CUUAACAGUUUCAGUAUCACGAGAACAUUUCCUUCUGCAGCCAUAAUUGUUAUAAGACCUCCAGAAAUACUUCCAAAAACAACUCCAAUAUUGAAAUACAAGUAUAACGAUGAGUUUCUUGUAGGAGGAAUUAUAGUGCCAAUGACAUUUGAAGAAGAAGUUCACGCAUUAGUACCAGAAGAUUAA